AUGAUCGUACAUCGACACAACCGCAGAAGGUUUACGCCUGAUGCCUUUGAUGUGGCGGAAUGCCGGCGACAGUGGCGACAACGACGUGGAGUGACGGAGGCAGAGCGAGAAGCUUUGAAGGCAGAUCAAGGACCAACGUCAGCCAAAGAUUUGGCCGGUGUGGAGAGAUCGUCGGUGUGGGAGGAUGCAAUCUUUGAAGGGAAAGAGCGAAUGGAGGUGAUUAAUGUAUUAUGAACCAUGAAUCGCUCGACAAAUCUGUUGAUCUUUAUUUCUUUCUUCUUUUUAUCAUUCACUGGAAAUUUAAAUCUCGUUGAUGCUGGUGAUACAACCUCAGUUAUAUUGAAUUCAGGAAAUUUUGAACAAUUGGUUAUGCAAAGUAAAGAUGUUUGGUUUGUCUUGUUCGGAGCACCCUGGUGUCCAUCUGUUAAAAGCCUUAAACCGGAGUGGGACAAGGCUUCAAAGGCUUUGGAAGGAAAGGUCAAGUUUGGUGAACUUGACUGUGAUGUGGAAAAUGAUAUACAAGCAAGGUUUGGAGUAACAGGGUUCCCGACUGUUUUUGCAUUUGGUCCAGAUAAAUGUGCACCUCCCACCGGAGUAACUGAAAGAACUGCAGACACACUUGAAAAGGCUGGCCUCUGUUACUAUGACAAAGCACAGGGGUGUAAAAUGGAGUUUUGAGUUGAGGAUUGUAUUCGAAUAAAGUUUGUUUGACUUGUUAUCGAUAUGAAACAAUAAUGGCAUCUCUUAUCAAUAAAACAAAAGAAUCCGUUUUUUCGUUUUCCUUUCCUUUGUCAGGAACCAUGAAUCGCUCGACAAAUGUGUUGAUCUUUAUUUCUUUCUUCUUUUUAUCAUUCACCGGAAAUUUAAAUCCCAUUGGUGAUACAGCCUCAGUUAUAUUGAAUUCACGAAAUUUUGAACAAUUGGUUAUUCAAAGUAAAGAUGUUUGGAUUGUCUUGUUCGGAGCACC